UUUUUUUUCUUUCUUAGCUGAUUUUUACAUAAAAAAAAAGUUAACAUGUCGAAAGCUCCAGAAAAUUUUGUUGUUUUUGGCACAGCGUUUCCAGAAACUACAGAUAAAGAUAGGCGUGCAGGACGAUCGGAUGCCGGUCAGUUUGUACCUGUUUGGAAACAAGAGGCAAGAGAUGAACAAGGUCGUCGUAGAUUCCACGGUGCUUUUACAGGUGGAUUUUCUGCCGGUUACUUCAACACGGUUGGAUCAAAAGAAGGUUGGGAGCCAAGCAACUUUGUGUCCUCACGAUCUGCACGAAAUGAAAGAAAAGAAGCACGUCCUGAAGAUUACAUGGACGAAGAAGAUCUAGAGGCUAUGGCAGGUGCCAGAAAGCUAGUGGCAACAGAAGAAUUUGAUAUAUUAGGCGGAACUGAACGAGAAUUAGCGACACGUAAGAAACUGGAAUCGGAAAGUGGUGAUUUGUUAGGCUCCAGUUUGAUGGGAAUGUUUGGUCCACCAAAGGACUCAGUGGGUAUUCGACUGUUGAGAAAGAUGGGUUGGAGACCAGGCCAAGGUAUUGGGCCACGCACAAAACGAUCCCUAGAUGACGAAGAAAGUGAUGAUGAUAAUAUUGAUAUGACUUUUGCACCUCGCGAUACUCCUAUCGAGAAUUUUCAAGCCAAAAGAGAUACAUAUGGUUUAGGCUAUGAUCUGUCUAGUUCUGUGCCUCAGGUAGCAGAAAUGAAACGAUUACGUGAAAUUACUAGACAAGAAGAAAUGAGCGGGACUGCAAUAGAUAGCAAAAACAGAGCUUCGUUUGGUGUGCAAGGAAGUGGUGCUUUUGGACUAGGUGCUUUUGAUGAAAAUGAUGGUGACGAUGAUGAUGUUUAUGGCGGUAGCGAGCCAGCCUUAAAAAACUACCAUCAUGCCCUUUAUGAUGAAAAUGAAGGUGGAUUUACAAAGGAUGAAAUUAAGGCUCAAGGGUUAAAACGCAAAAGACAACAGGAAGCUGAACAAACCACCAACACUUUAAAAUGCUCAGACGGAAGGCCACCUCUGAAAGGGUUUUUGGUAUCGGAUCAAAAGCAACAUAUUGGCAAAUGGCAUCCGCCACCAAAGGUUCCUGAAGAUUUUAAAGAUCAUCAUGUCUCUUCCAAUGAUACACCCAAAGCAGCGAGUAUUACUAAAGAAAGUGUCUUUUCAUUUGAAGAGAGAGGAAACGCACUUGGUGAAAAACCUAUUGAGGCAAGGUCAGUGUUUGAUUAUAUCCCUAAACAUUCCAAAGAUAAAUUGGAUCGUGCUGUUUCCUUCUUCAUUGAUAUUGGUAAAGACAAAUCUCAAUUGGCCGAUUUUCCAGUCGUGCCCAAAGAUGUAGCAAAGUUGGCUUUACAAGGUUUUAUGCCAUUUGGUGAUAACCUGAAGAAGCAAGCUAGAUAUCGACAUUACCUCGAAAAUCUCGCAGGUCAUUUAACAGAAGAUGGCGUCCCCAAAUCUGUGCUUCCUAUUCCUGAAGGUUUAUCUUACGAAGCUGGUAUGAAAGAAAUGGACGAAUUUGCCAAGGCUGCAAGAAUCUUUAGACCCAUCAGUGCCAUGAUGAGUGGACGUUUUACAUCGGCUGCUGAAACCAAGAACGUAGAGGUUGUUAAUUUUGAAGGUGGAUUAAAGACAGAGGAACAAUACAGAAAAGAGAAAGAAGCCAGAGCAAAGGCUAUGCCAGAGCCUGAAAAGAAGCAGUUGACUCAGGAAGCAGAAGCAGCAGCAAUGAAGAUGUUUGGUAACCUGACUCGUACAGUAAAGCCAUUCUAUCCCAACCGUAUUGUUUGCAAGAGAUUCAAUGUCCGCAACCCCCACCCAAAUCAUGAUCCUACAGCUGAUGCAGAUGUUGGUCGUUCACGGGCUGGAAAUAAGGAAGCUCUUAGCAAAGAAUCCAUGGAAUCCAUGUUGAAUGAACGUCUUCCAUUGAAAUUUACCUCUGAAAACCAACCCGAGCCAAAUGAUGCAACACUGAAGGCAGUUAUACCCAAGCCUUCGGAGAGAAUAACCGAUGAAUCAGCCCCCUCAACUGGAGUUAAUAAGGAAGUAAUUAAGGAUGAGGAAGAAGAAGGAGCGCCAUUAGACUAUGAAAGACCUUCUAUGGAUAUAUUUAAGGCUAUUUUUGAUAAUUUGGAUGAUUCCGAUGAUUCGGAUGAAAUGGAUGAAGAACAGCCAGAAAACACACUAACUACAGUGGUUGAAAAAGAGGAAACAUUGAUCGGUCCUCCUGCACCACCUCCAGUUGCUACAGUUGAUAUACCUAUAGAGAAAAAGUCUGCUGAAUCUUCGGAGCCUUUCCGUCCCAUGUUUAAAAGAGCGUCAGAAAGGAAAGAACCGACUAUACCAUUGACAAAUGUCAUUUCAGAAGAAUUUGUGGUCCAACCAUUUAAACCGAGAUCGAGUAAGCACAAGCGCCGUCAUGUAUCUAUAUCCGACGAAGAAGAAGAGGAUGACAGAUCUAGUUCAAGGCAUCACAAAAGCAGUAGACACAAGCACAGUAAAAGUAGUCGUAGAAGAAGCAGAAGUCGUGAUGUACAUAGCAGCCGAGGAGAUAAAGACAGUCGAGAAAGAAGACAUAAAAAAAGCAGCCGAGACGAAGAAAGAAGCCAUAAAAGUAGUCGCAGAAGAAGCAGAAGUCCUGGGAAGCAUAGGAGUAGCCGAAAGAGAAGUAGAAGUCCUGACGAAAGAAAGCGUAAAAGUAAAAAAGCGACAUCUCCUUAUAGAUCUAUCAAACCAGAAGAAGAGUAUGAAGGAGUUUGGGUUGAAAAAGAACCUGUGAUACAAACACACACUAGCAUCGACAAGAAGAAGGAGAGCAGAAAGAGCGCUGCAGACAUGUGGUAGUGUGUUCACAUUCAAUAAUAAAUUAAAGCCUAAACAGAAGUAUAAAUAAAAAAAUUUCACCUGUAUUACUUACGUCAACAGUUUCUAUUGACUUCUUAUAAACGUAUCUGUAUAUAUCGAAGAAUCCGAGGCCAUUCUUCUGCUCUAACAAUCCAUCAAGUACUACAUAUUUGUGAACCGAACAUAUCAAACUAUAUCCAAUUAGUAAAUCACCUG